CGUGGAAAACCCGGAAGUACAAAGCAAAUAAUCUGACAAACAAAAGCCUCAGGAAGUCGCGUGCUUUGUUACGAGGGGGAAAAAAGGGGAAUUCAAGGGUUUGAAGAUGGCACACAAGAAAAAGCGGAUUUAAAAUCGGUUUUAAGUGACAUUAACUCAGACUAAACCCGUGUCGAUUAAUCGCCUCUUUGCUCCUCAGUUCGUUAGCAGCACUGCUGGUGUAGCCUUCCGAGCAGCCGGUGAAAUGAAGUGACAUUUUUCUUGCAUGUGUGUUUUCUUUGUUGUGUUUUAGGGAAGUUUCGUGAUCAUCAUCUGUCGAUUUCUUCACCUGAGAUCGAAAAGCUUUAACCCGAGACUUUUUAGGUGUUAAAGAACAUCCUCUCGCGCCUCUCCUCUCAGUGCUAACGCGCUAGCUGGAAGUUUGUUGAGGAGAAUGACUGUAGCGGUGUUUUUCGGCUGUGCUUUCAUAGCGUUUGGCCCUGCCUUCGCUCUCUUUAUUUUCACCAUCGCCAGAGAUCCGCUGAGGGUCAUCAUCCUGAUCGCGGGUGCUUUCUUCUGGCUCCUGUCCCUCCUGUUAUCCUCUCUGGUUUGGUUCAUUGCUGUGAAAGCCAGCAACGCAGACGACGCCAAGGUACAGAAGGGUCUGCUGAUAUUCGGGGUCGUGUUCUCAGUCCUCCUUCAGGAAGUUUUCCGAUUUGCCUACUACAGACUGCUCAGGAAGGCUAAUGAAGGCCUGGCAGCUAUUAGCGAUGAAGAAACUUCACCCAUUUCUGUCCGGCAAAUGGCUUAUGUGGCAGGACUUGGCUUUGGGAUAAUAAGUGGGGCUUUCUCCAUGAUCAACAUCCUGUCUGACUCUCUGGGCCCAGGUACCGUGGGCAUCUUUGGAGACUCUCAGUACUAUUUUAUCACCUCAGCUCUGAUGACUCUAGCCAUAACAUUGCUGCACACAUUCUGGGGAGUGGUAUUCUUUGAGGGCUGUGAGAAGAGCCGCUGGUGGGUCAUCGUUGUGGUGGUGUGUCUCCAUCUGCUGGUCUCCAGUCUGUCUCUGAUGAACCCUCUGUACGGAGGCAGUCUUCCUCCUGUGUAUGUCGUAAUGGCAGGCAUGGCUGUGUGGGCGUUCUUCUCUUCAGGAGGGUCUCUGAAUAACCUCUCCCAGCUCUGCACACGUAAGAGGACCGAGGCAGCGCCUUCGUAAGGCAGCCGAGUUCUGACCUCACAGCGAGACGCAGGCGGUUUGUUGGAUGGCUGCGUUCACUUCUCAAAGUAACACAAGCAGCUAGAGCAAGAACAGUAGCAGCGGCCAUCUGUUUUGAUGAUUGCCCUGGGGUUAAACUCGAGCCCCUACCAACAGGGCUGCCUUACAGGUUAUUGGACUCUCAGCUCAUGCUCAGUGUAAAUAGCUUGACAUCUUUACACACAUCACAAUCCAUGCUUUUAACGAAUUUAUUUGAUCACAAGCAAGCAUUACAGAGUAGUAUUUUGCAUAUAACGCAGCAAUCUUUUUGUUAAUUCAUAAAUCAUGUUGUGUUAUUUUUCUUAUUUUCUCUGGUGGAAGUCUCAUGUAAAUAUUAAAACUAAGCCGUAGGCGGACUUUUUUUUUUUUUUUAAAUAUUUUUUUAAGGUCAGAGGUGAGAGCCUGGGGCCAGACUGUGUCUUCCUUACAGUCUGGAUUAUGUCCCAUAUCUAAUGUAAAACCAGACUGGGAAAAGUUCACUUCUCUACAAAACACUGAAUCUGAGUAAAAUGACUCUAAUGUUGUGUCAAACCAAAUGUAUUGGAGGGAGAGAAGGUGUAAUGUGUUAUUCAGUUAUUCCUGUGCCUAAAAACAUGGCAUUUUUAAGUCAUACCACUAUUAAUGUCUUUGCAUUUGUACUGCAGAAAACUUGAGACAUUUAGCUAUGAUUUGACUGUAUAGUGUUAAUGUGUUAGUCAGAAACCUGGCCACGAAUUCUGCCACCGGGUUUGUCGAAUGAUGACGAAUCCAGGCUGUAGAGCCAAAGCCAUUUGUCUGACACGGUCUGGUCCUGGGCAAAUACCGAGGCAUUUCAGCUGCUAAUGUGCCCCCUUAAUAACGUGAUACACACCACAGUGGAUCAGUAGUUUACUGAUUUCCAUGUCCCACAUUUAGCGCUCAUUAAUUCAGUGAGUCCUUUAAGCAGAGAGCCUAUUUCAUUUGCUCUCAUCAAACGGCACAUGGACAAAAAUCUUCUGUCUGAUGACCUCUGCAUUGGGGCAAACGUAUGCAAUGUGAAUGUUCAAAGUGUAUGUCCUCAGAGGCAGUCCACUGGCAAAUAUGUCAAAUCAUCUACUGUGUAAAUAUACUAGUUAUGCAGAAUUAUCUUUGUAAUUCGUGUCUCUUACAUCGAUUGAUCGAAAGCUGUCUCUACAUCUUCUUCAUCUUUGAGAGUUUGAUUAACAAGUCCGUCUAGAUCACUGGUCAGUAGAAGUCAGGAACACAAGUAGCUGCGAAUUCACCUGCAACAUCUUUACUGCCCCCCCACCCCCCCACCCUAGAUUCUCUACUAACAGACUGUUGAGGGCUUCAUUUUUUAAGAUCUCUCAAACUUUUAUCUUGUGUAACCGGGUGCAAACAUGUUCCUGUAGACAACAAGCAAUAUAACAGCUCUUUCUAGCGUUUGGUUCUACCGCUUCAAACCCUGGUGCUGGCUUGUGUUAUUUCAGGAGACAUUUUUCGAUUGUGUUUUCAUUUCCAUGAAGUGUUCACUCUGUCAUGGAUGAACAAGUGCUUUUUUUUUUUAACGCCCAUAUGGUUAUUUAACCAACGUAAUGCUGCUUUGCUCUUUGUGAGAUUAUUUCUUCAAAACUGUUUGACUUUCUGCUGGUUUUGACUCGCCGCUCAAAGAACAGUUUCCAGACCAGCACACUGAUAACACGUCUAUCAUCACAUCUGUCAUGGUUGGAAUAUAACUCUGUGCCAUGUAAAAAAAAAAAAAAAAUGUACUUUUGUUUUUAAAGUAGAACCCUUCAUUAAGGUACGUUACGGGCCUGAGCGGAUGUUAGUGGUUUGAUUUUUCUGGUUUUCUUUGGGCACAGCCAUUUUGUACCUGGCUAACUGGUACCGCAUCAUACAACAGUACAGCCUUCGUCUCAGGACUCACUGUGUGAUUAAGAACAAGCAACCUGAUGUUCUGGAUUAGUCCAAGGCAGCUUCAACUUUCUGAGGCACGGCUGGAUUUUAAUAGCUACCUGGAACAUAUCAUCUCUUUGGGCAUUUCUCUGUCCUAAAUAAAAAGCCACCUUCAGUAUGCACCAAUUUCUGCAGAA